CCAAGGUGCUUUUAAUCAGAAGCGUAGUGCAACAUAACUGUGCGCCGUCGACUUACAUUAGUCAUGGCAAACGUAGACGCUGUACGCGCGUCUGGUGGACUGCAGUCCAACAGCGACAAAAUUGUCAACAAUAAGGGAAGAGUCCAGUCCAGCACCCGCAAAUCCGCGAGCAAGAUCACCAAGAAGAGGGCACAAAAGAAGAAGGCACCUCCGAUCGGCUCGGCGCGUGACUUCCCCUGCCGCCCCUGUGUUACCCGCGCUACCAAGAACCCUGGGCAUGAGUGUGCCUCUCAGGAUAAUACUGGUGCUGCCUGCUGGGACUGCGCAAAGAACGGUCACACGUGUCGGCCAGUCCCCGCUGGUGCCGUCUCUGCUGUGCGUGCCUUCUGGGAAUUGAACCGGCUGAUCGACGAUGUAAAUAAGGAUCCCGACGAUGCCUGGCACUCUGCAGCACAGCGCGCAGCACAGCAACUACGCGCUUGCGGUGCUGCUGACCGGUGUCCUGCUGCCGCUCUAGCUCAUUCUCCCGCCUUGGCUCGCCUUGGUGAAUCAGCCGAGCCGACACUCGAGGAGCGGAAGGUUGCGGCGCUGGAGGCCAUCGCUGAGGCUGCUCGUCUCUGGACUCAGCUCAAUAAGCCGAACGAGGAAGGUACAGAAGUGGGAGAGGAAUCGGAUAAGGAAUACUAG